AUGACCCUGAAGACUUUCCACUUUGUUGGGGUAGCCUCCAUGAACAUCACCCUGGGUGUGCCUCAAAUUAAAGAGAUCAUUAACACUCUCAAGGCUAUCAGAAUAGGGACCUGGGAUCUCCCAAAAUUAGCUAGCCUCAAUGAGAGGUCUGUGAAGUCUUUGCUGCAGGCCUCCCCGAGCACUCCAAUUAUCACAGCACAGCUAGACAAGGAUGACGAUGCAGAUUAUGCACGCCUGGUGAAGGGCAGAAUUGAGAAAACGCUCCUGGGGGAGAAAACUCUGGGUGCUGAGGCUGUCCAGACAAAUAUCAUCAAUGAGAUCGAAUACACAGUGGUCAGCCACGGCAUGAGCAUUAACAGGAGGCACGUGAUGCUGCCUUCUGACCUGAUGACCUACAAGGGCACUUUUUCUGGAAAUACUGAAAUGGUGAGCUACUUAAACUGCACACUGAAACCUGGCAACAUGGCUGUUCUCAGAGAGGCUGAGGUGUGCAUCAACACCCUGGAGAACAGCAAGAGCUCCAUGUACUCCAUGCUGCCAUCCCCAAGCCCCUACCACAGGCCAAAUACAUUUUAUGAGAAAUUCCAUUUGGAACACAAGCCCAUCGUGUCAGAGCUGCAGACCUUGAACAAGAACACUGAGGCCUCUAAGAACUUUAAGAUGCUCAAGAAGGAGACUGACUUCUAUCGCAACCUGCACAGCCAGCUCUUGAUGGAACAGUCUCAGCUGAUGAAGAAUGUGAACAUGUUGAAGCAGGAAAAUAGGAAAGUGAGGGGACAUUGUGUGCUCCUGCUGCGACGCUUGUGGGAAUUAAAACUAAUCCAUAAGAAUCAACAGGAGACCACCAGUGACCACCAGACCCAGCAGCAGCAGGAUCUGGAAAGAAUGGAGGAAUUGCUGCAGGACAGACGCAAGCAGAAGGAGCUGGGCAUCCAGGAGAAGUCAGCAAAAAAGCUGCAGCAUCACUUUCAGAUCCAUCAGAAGAGCUGCUUCCGGACAGAGCUUAAUCAGUUGAAGAAGGUGGAAAUGGUGAGGCAGAAAUACAAGAGAAUACAGGGGCAUCGUGCCCUACCACAGCAGCACUUGGAGGACUUGAAGCCCAUCUCUAAGAAGCAACAGGAGGGGGUCAGUGACCUCCUGACCCAGCUCCAAAAGCACAUGGAAAGGAUGGAGAAAAUGCUUCAGUAUGUGCUGAAGCAGAAGGAGAUGGCCAUCAAGCAAAAGGAGUUAGCAGAAAAAAUGCAGCAUCACUUUGAGCUCCUCCAGAUGAGGUCUGAGAAACUGCAGCAUGAGAUGGAACUGGCCACAGCCCAGGAAGAGAGUGUCCUGCAGAAUGACCUGCUGCACCAGGAGCAACCUGCUGAGCCCCAUCCCCACCAACCACAGAAUCCCUUGAGUGGAUUUUCUUCCAUGUAUUUUAUUUCCUCAGUGAAUAGGCCUUAA